CACGCCCACACAGGAAGAAGCGUGUUGUGCUGUCGUCGAGAUCGUUCCGCCUCCGAGCUUCUGGGUGACAGGUCAGUUUCAGACAGAUCGAGACUUGCUCCACUUCUGCAGAGUCACCACAGGACUUGUAAACCAGCGGAGAUGGCAAACCUAAUGGAAGAUGACGUAUUUAGGACUUUCACCACCUAUGCUGCUAUUGUCAUUGUCAAGAUGAUGCUGAUGGGGCCCAUGACCGCAUACUAUCGCUUCACCAGAGGGUCUUUCUCAAACGAGGAAGAUGUGGCCAGAAAGUCUGCAGAGGAGAGGAAGAAAAUGCUGAGAACCCACCCAGAUGUAGAGCGAGUUCGAAGGUGUCACCAGAAUGACCUGGAGAACAUUGUUCCCUUCGUGGUGGUCGGGCUGCUCUACGCUCUGACUGGACCUGAGCUUUCAGCCGCUCUGCUUCACUUCCGCAUCUUUGCCGGUUCUCGAAUCUUCCACACCAUUGCCUACAUUUGCCCUCUGCCUCAGCCCAGCAGGGCUCUGUCUUGGCUAACGGGCAUGGGUGUCACCUUGUCCAUGGCUUACAAGAUCCUCAGCACAGUCCUCCUCCUCUAGAGACGGUAGACCUUACACUACAUUCCUACAUGGAUCCUGAAUCAGUUUUUUUUUUUUUUUUGCUUCUCUCUUGCUGCAGCUAUCUAUGAGUUUGAUUAUUAAAGUUCAAGGAUGAAAAAAAUGCAUUUUCAAUAAACUUUUCUAUCAACA